AUGUUCGAAGUCCUACGGCACGAGAUCGAGCGCUCCCAUAAAGGCUUGACGGAAUACGUUAGAGAUGACCCAGGUGCUGCCGAAUCCUAUCAGAAGCAACUUGAACGGCUUGUCUCUCUGCGGAGAGUGUUGCAGUCAUACGGCACAGGAGACCGCUUGGAAGUCGGGCAGGAAUAUAUCCUGAAGUAUGCAGGAGUGGAUGCUCAUCGCCAGCCUCUCGCCGCAACACGCGAUCGGAUGGGAAUCGUCACAGCUCCCGACGAAUAUGUUCGUUUGACUGCCGAUGAUAUAUUUGACACUUGGAACCCAACUAUCACAGCUCAAGAUGUGGCGCUGCGAGGACGAGAAGCAAUGUAUCUUACGGCCCAAGGAUAUCCCGGAGCUGCCCUGAAACUGGGUAAAGAUCUUUGGGUCUUCGAGGACUACCGUGAAACAUCCUAUUCCCUGUUACGUGCCGCAUACACUGCUUUGAACCGCCCGUUACUGCUGAAAUUUCUGCAAGUCGCCAUCGACUAUCGCACUGACUGUGACAUCAAGUGGGGUUUUUGA